GUGCAUUCGUUGGUAGGGCAUCCAAAACGCGACCAGUCGACCGGGAGCUCCGGCGCCCCCAAAUUCCCACUGCCCUUCGAGGCUUGGACUCAACAGAUCAACCCCCAUGGCGGCGCCAGAGCCCAAGCACGAGACAGAAACCCCAGCACCCUCCGGCGAGCAGCCGCCGGAGCCAGUAGCCGAAGCCGCCGCCGGCCGGGAGCUGCAGCCAUGGGAGCAGCACGCUGCGGUGAUCAAUCUCCCGCGCUACGACUACCGCGCUUCGGGUUCCCUCCUCCUCCGCUCGCACUCCGGCUUCCUCAUCACCUGCCCCAUCAAACGAGAGAAAAGUGCAACCAAGGAAGCCAUUUCAAUUCUUGGAGAGUAUAUUAGCGAUGCAAGCAGCCAUAGUUCUGAAAACUUGGAAUCAUGUGUUAUGGAAGUGGCAUCAAAGAAAAGAAAAAUAUUCUCCGAGGCAUCCAAAAUUGAACAUUCAGAAGAUGCAGUAACAAAUGGGAAGGGUGAUGCGCCAGAACCCACUGGCAGCAUUGAGGUAGAAACAAAUUCACUUCACUCCGAUACAAGUGGAAAUCCUGACAGGACUUCAAAUCUCUCAUUGAUUAAGCUAUCAAUGAGUGGUUUGCUUUUCUUCUCUUUCCCUACUGGAGGCGUUCAUGUUGUUCAGAUGCUUACCGAAGUUUUUCGUUCACUGAAAUCUGGGAAGCUUAAAUCUCCACAGUGGUGUCAUCGCAUAUUCCCUAUUCAGGAAACUUGUGUUCUGUCAGAAACCGAACUACAUGCCACUGUGUCAAAGUUGUUCCUGGACUUCUUCAGCAAUAAGAAAGAUCAAGAUGAGCCUAUCAAGUUCGCAGUUGGGUACAGUAGGAGAGGCAUUGAUGAAACGGUGAAUAAGACGCAGAAGAAUGACAAUAACAGCUCAAUUCAACAAGGUUUAAUGGAUAGGCAACAAUGUUUCAAGGUUGUUGCUGCUGCUGUCAAGUCAGUUGCUAAGGACGCAAUUGUGGAUCUCAAGUCUCCUGAGGUGGCAGUACUAGUGGAGGUGCUCCCCAUUUCUGGGGUGCCUGUUGGAUCUUCAGUCGCCGGGGUGUCUGUUCUCCCAGCUGAACUCGUCUCGGCUAAACCCCGUCUUUGUGUCAAGGCUUUGGUGUCUGAUACAAAAACAAAGAACAAGUGAUGCGCCAAUUCGGCUGCAACCAGUCAGAGCACCUGUAACGGCAAUAUAUGGAGGAAACGAUCUUGUUGGGCAUGCUCAUGUCAGCCAUGCCGCAGCUUGAGCAUUCCACAAACAAAGAAACGGCAUCGCAGCUGUCUUGCCUGGCUCUGAGUAUGUCAAUUUGUAAGCUGCAGUGCUCGUCCCGUUCUUUGAGGUUAGCAUCUUAUCGUUUUUCUAGCGUGCUACAGCGUCAAAGCUUAACCAACUUGCUGGAUAUGAUUGUAUUGUACUGUUUCUCUAGACUUUAUGUAGUAUUAUUAUUAUGGGCAAUUCAGUAAACUAACAAUGUAUACUUGCCUAUUGGGGAGAAGUGAUGACAAUAAUGCCGGUGUAUCUUGA